AGCUCUGGUUCUCGGGGACGUUUCUCGUCGGCGGACAGGGUUGCAUGACUGCAGAAUACUCGUCCUUAGGGUGACAUGAAGCAGCUCAGAUUGUAAUUACGGUCCAACAGGAAGAGUAUUACAACAUGUCUCUGGCGGCGGAGGCUUUCGUGUCGCAGAUGGCGGCUGCAGAGCCGUGGCCUGAGAACGCAACCUUGUACCAACCUUUAAAGGACGAUCAGAUCCUGCUGUCAGACCACGCCUCGUCUCUUUCCGUCCAGGCCUACCUCCGGAUGUGUGGUCUGCCGGUGCAGGUGGUUUGCAGGGCGAACGCCGAAUACAUGUCGCCGUCCGGUAAAAUCCCCUUCAUCCACGUGGGGAACCAGGUGGUGUCGGAACUGGGGCCCAUAGUGCAGUUCACCAAAGCGAAGGGUCACUCUCUGAGCGACGCCUUGGACGAUGUCCAGCGAGCCGAGAUGAAAGCCUACAUGGAGCUGGUGUACAACAUGCUGCUUUCUGCUGAGCUGUACCUCCAGUGGUGCGACGAUGCCACCGCGGUUGAGAUUUCUCGGCCCAGAUACAGCAGCCCGUACUCGUGGCCUCUGGGUAAAAUCCUGGCCUAUCAGAAGCAGUGGGAGGUGCGCAGGAAGAUGAACGCCAUCGGCUGGGGAGGCAAAACGCUCGAGCAGGUCUAUGAAGAUGUGAGCCAGUGCUGCCAGGCUCUGUCUCAGAGGCUGGGGACUCAGCCGUACUUCUUCAACAAACAGGCCACGGAGCUGGACGCGCUGGUGUUCGGUCACCUCUUCACCAUCCUCACCACCAGGCUGACCAGCACCGAGCUGGCAGAGAGGGUCAAGAGCUACGGCAACCUGGUGUCCUUCUGCAAGCGCAUCGAUCAGACCUACUUUAACGACAAAGGCUCGUAAAGGACCGGGGAACGCUGCUCUCUCUGCUCCCCCGUCAUGUACAUUCUGCGUUUCCUUCCGUCAUUCCCCACGCGGCGGCGCUGACGAGGCAUAAACUGUUACGCCCACACGUCUGCGCUCUACGCUCCUCCUCCUUUUAGCUCCCUGCUUGUACAUUUUUGCAUUUUUUUUUUCACUCACCCACACACUCUGAACAGGGGGGUAGGUUUUCCAGCUGUGCAACAUGACCGAGUUUCAGAGGGAAGAACUCCACUUGACCCCAGCUCCAGAGGUCAGGUGGUAGGAGUUUGUUUUGCGAUCGGGGAGUUAGAGCAAGUCAGUCAAAGGUAGAGCUGCUGUUGUACAAAACCACAGGAACAUAUUGAUGAAGGAGAUCUACACUGUUGAGGUUGUUUUUCCCACAUUGUUUUGCUCGUGUUGAUGUGAAGUGCCUACAUAAGACGUUCGGCUCAAUAGUUUUAUUUUCCCCAAUAAAAAGCGUUGUCUGAACCAUGAA